UGUCACACUAAUACUCAUGGAAUACCGGAAGCCGGUCCACCCUUGCUGCUUGACACAGUCGCUGCAGGGAAGAAACAUCUGCACAGCUUAUGUUUCAAGGGACCUGGCGUAUAUGGCAUAUGUUUGCUCCCCCUCUUAGCGCCAUGUGUUUUAAACAGGGCCACCUCCCCGAGAAAGGUUGUUUCCCCAGGUGAGGAUUUUUCCCUGGAGUUAGGAAUUAACAGGACUAACAGGAUUAAGGAAGGGAAUAAAACCCCUUAACUAAGUGCCAGGCGGGUAAUUAAUCACUUUAACUACAAACAAUCACACUUAAGCUACAUAAUCUUUACUUAGGAUAAUCUCCUUCAGUUACUUCCUUGUAGUUUAACAGAACAAUAGAGUAGUGACCUUGGAAUGGAGAUAACAAACGCCCUAACCUUUGGAAUAGAAUGGAUAGGAUUAAAAUCAACUGGUAUAAAUACAGAUGUAAUAGGAGAAUAAAGAACAGAACCUGGCUGGAGACCCUGACUAGAGAACCUGGCUAGGCUGCUGAUCAACUGAACGCUGUCUCCGUGUCAUUCCUUCUUCGCUGACUCCGUCCACACCUUUGGGAACCCCUGGACCUGCUGGGGCUGGACCCCAACAAUGGAAGGCAAGUACAUUGCCUCAACACAGCGACCUGACGGGACCUGACGCAAGCAGCGGAGGGUGAAAGAAGGCUAUGUGCCCCAGGAGGAGGUCCCCGUGUAUGAGAACAAGUAUGUGAAGUUUUUCAAGAGCAAACCAGAACUGCCCCCAGGGUUGAGCCUCGAGGCCAUUGCUCCUGUCAACCCAUCAAGGUCUGAAGGUGGGGAACCAGGCCUCUCCAAGACAGCCAAAGGCAACAUGAAGCAGAAGGAGAAGAGGCGGCAGCAGCAAGAGAAAGGGGAGGCAGAGGCCUUGAGCCGGACUCUGGAAAAGGUGUCCCUGGGAGAGACAGCUCCACAGGGCUCCAGGGCAGCUCCUCCAGCUGCCUCUGACCAGCCUGACCCGGCUGCUAUCACUGAGAAGGCCAAGAAGAUAAAGAACCUAAAGAAGAAGCUUCGGCAGGUGGAAGAGCUGCAGCAACGGAUCCAGGCGGGAGAAGUCAGCCAGCCCAGCAAAGAGCAGCUGGAAAAGCUAGCAAGGAGGAGGGUGCUGGAGGAGGAGCUCGAGGACUUGGAGCUCGGCCUGUGAGGCCUUUGGGGAAUUGGGAAUGGACUAAAACAAACCAUGGGGCUUUCUGGGGUCCUGGGGGACAUGGCAGCAGCAGCCAGGAGGGGUACCCCCCCCCAUACUGGCUCACUUCCAUCUCUCAUGGCCCAACUCUGUCCUCCAGAGCCUAGCCUCUCCCUCAUUCCUUCCUUUUUCUUCCAAACUCCUAUUUUUUAGACGUUUCCCCUUCCCAUUCCCAGUGUUCAAAAAUCUCAGUGACUCUCCCAGGCUCCUUUGCUGCUGAUUUGGGUGUCUUAUUCAAAAGAAAAUUGGGUGGGUGGGACUCUCGGGAACUGAGGUUGAGGGUAGGGGGAGUAUGCCCAAGUCUUGGAGUCUUGAUUCCUGUUCACAGUGUUUAUGGGUUAUUUCCCCCUCAAUC